AUGCUGCCACGCCUCCAGCUGGUUGAAGGCGAUGAGCAGUUUCUGAUCGCCGACUUUUCGCAGUCUGCCCCGACAACCUACGCGGCCCCUGGUGACCCGGACGACGUGCGAGCCGAUAAUAGCGAUGGUAUUUACAGCAUGAUGUCCACUCCUAAAAUUCACAGUCCGUUGCAGUUCAGCAACAACCCUUUCAAAGAAUUUCCGUUUAAUUACUUUUGA